UCUCAAUUUCCCCAUAUAUCCUGCCUAAUCCAUCCACACGUCUUGGCACUCCAUAUACCUUCCUACAUCCCCCACGCUGUUGGGCUUCUCAAGACGGACAAGUGUGACUGCGAUGUGUACGACUGCUCGAUAGCAAAAGCAUUCAAUAAGUCUCUAUCCACGACACCAACCUAUCUACCUCUCAUCAUCUUGUGCUGCUCCGCACCCGCACGCAUUAUGUCUACCCACAUGUACAACUCACAACUACCUCGCCGAAGUUCCAGAAGCUCUGGAACACUACCAUCUCGUUCUUCGCGGGUCGAAAAGCCAAAGAGCCAUCACAACAGCCCAAGGACUAUGGAGAGAAGGAAGACAACCACAGAGCCCAAGCUCUAUGCGACACUGGACGAUCACUACAAGAUGAUGUUUGGCAUCGAAGACUCAGAAGAGGAGGUAGAUGAACGUCCGCAGCCAAGCAGGCCUGUGAGCUGGCACCCCUCUUCAAACCAGUGGGCAGCUCCACGUUUGUCUGGAUAUGUAGCAUCUCCUUCGCAACAAGAAUGGUCCUGGCACGCACCUUCUCGAAAUUCGGGUCAUGGAUCUGAUUUUUAUUCUCUUUCUACACGGAACUCUACAUACGAAUCGAACGUAGACCAUCAGACGUAUUCUACCGGAUGUGGGGCGCACAGGGGAUCGGACGAAUCUGACUACAGUUGGCAAAGUGUCCCUAAUCAGAUACAGUCCUACGCUCACUCUGCUCUUAACACUCCCUCUGCUGAACCUUUGCCCUGGUAUCUACAACAGUGGGCGCAAAAGAACCAAGUCAUAGACUCGCAGAACGGAUCUGCAGAAUUUCUUCCCAUCCAACACCCUUCGGACUACGAUGAGCACAUGAUCACCGAAGACGGUGGCAAGGAAUUAGUGGGUAUGGGACUGUACGACGCACCUGACCCGACGUCGACCUGGGGCGGGCAUGAAGAAGCGACAGGGAAAGGACUGAAGCUGGAGGAGACCUGGCAGCCGCCUGAGGCUGACGAUGAGGAUGAUGAGGACGAUGAAGAAGAUGAUGCAAGCUCAGAGGGUAGCAUGGACGAACCCUCCCCACCCCUACCGGUAGCAGGAUCGCAGACCCAGCAACUGCAACUUCCAGUCCACGUCAAGUCACAAACGCCCGGCAGCAUGGAGGGUCAGAGCUUCUUCUUUGACGACGAUGAGACAGUAUCAAAAGAGUGGUGGUUCCAGCAGCUGAAGCAGCCCAACAUGCCAGUGCAGGACGCUGGCCUUGGGUAUGGCUGGCUGCGUUGAUCACAUUGUAUCAAUUUUUGGGCACAAUCCAGGUCCAAGUAGAGCGCUUGAGCGAUUCAAUUCGGGAUAUAGACCUUUCACAGAUACCCAUUGCCUAUAUGGCACAGCAUCGCUCAAUAAGAGGUCAGAUGAGUUGUAACAAUACCAACACACAAUAAUAAGCACAAACCUAGGCACGAGCCAAACCACUCACUUGCCG